AUUGUACAUCCACUCCCAAUUUGCUGGCCACUCAAUCCCAUCUCCCUUUCUCUUUCUCUCUCUCUCUGUCUAGAUCUCCUUCGUCUUUCUUGGGCUUCGGCGAAAUCAAACCUCCCCCAUAUACAUCUAUAUAGUUUAAAGGGGAAGCGUCCGAAUUCCGAAACGGCAACCGGAGCCGAAGGAGAGAGAGAGAGAGGCAGAGGCAGAGGCAGAGAGAGAUUUGAAAAAAGCAGAGAGGAAACAGAGAGCUGUGAGGAGGCGCAGGGGAGAGAGAGCAGAGAGAAACAGGGGAAUCGAUUGGCUCCAGAAGUAACGGCGGAAAAACAGAGACGCGUCUGCGAGGGGAGGGGAGGAAGAAGAAGAAGAAGAAGAGGACGGGAGGAGGAGGGGUGUUUUCCUCCGUUUUUAGCCCUCCCACCCUGCGGUUCCCACGUCCCCCCACCUCGCAUUUGGGUUCUCUCGUUCCGUCCUCCUUUCGCAUUCGCCUGAGCUUGGGUUGAGAUCGAGCGGAACAAUGGCUCCUUGUGAUACCUUCCGUUGAGGUUUUGCUUCAUUGGCCCCCAUAAAUUAUUGUGCUCUCGUGACAGACCAUCCAGCUGAAGCGCUGCUUUGAUUUUUUUUUGGGCAAGUAAGCUGUAUAGUGUCACCAUGGUUGCCACGGCUACAACUUCUGCUUUCUUCGCAGUUCCUUCGCCAGAUUCCAUUGCCAAGACCACCAGACCGGGGAAUGGGGUGGCAAGUGUGGGGCCAAUGAAGUCGAAAUCUGCUUCCGGUGGUUUGCAGGUGAAGGCCAAUGCACAAGCCCCUCCUAAGAUAAAUGGUAGCUCUGUCGGUUUGACGACAUUUCCAGACAGUGUGAAGAUCGAGGAUGGGACACCAUCACAUCCCCCAAGGACCUUUAUUAACCAGUUGCCCGACUGGAGCAUGCUUCUCGCCGCUAUCACAACCAUCUUCUUGGCAGCAGAAAAGCAAUGGAUGAUGCUUGACUGGAAACCAAGACGACCGGAUAUGCUAAUGGAUCCAUUUGGUCUUGGGAGAAUUGUUCAAGAUGGUCUUGUGUUCAGGCAGAAUUUUUCUAUCAGAUCUUAUGAGAUAGGUGCUGAUAGGACGGCAUCUAUAGAGACGCUGAUGAAUCACUUACAGGAGACGGCUCUUAACCAUGUUAAGACUGCUGGACUUCUUGUUGAUGGCUUUGGUUCUACCCCGGAGAUGAGCAAAAGAAACCUCAUCUGGGUUGUUACUAAAAUGGAGAUUUUGGUAGAUCGGUAUCCCAGCUGGGGAGAUGUCGUUCAAGUAGAUACAUGGGUUUGUGGGUCUGGAAAGAAUGGCAUGCGGCGAGAUUGGCAUGUCCUUGAUCUGAAAACGGGAGAGACUCUUACAAGAGCCUCCAGUGUGUGGGUGAUGAUGAAUAAACAUACAAGGAGAUUAUCAAAAAUUCCAGAAGAAGUUCGGGGAGAAAUAGAACCUUAUUUUAUGAACUCUCCUCCUGUGGUAGCUGAGGACAAUAGGAAGUUACCGAAGCUGGAUGAGUGCACUGCAGAUUUCGUUCGAUCAGGUUUAACUCCUAGGUGGAAUGAUUUAGAUGUCAACCAGCAUGUCAACAAUGUGAAGUACAUAGGCUGGAUUCUUGAGAGUGCUCCACUGCCCAUUUUAGAGUCUCAUGAACUCUCUGCCAUAACCUUGGAGUACCGGAGGGAAUGCGGGAGGGACAGCGUGCUGCAAUCCCUGACUGCUCUUUCUGGCAACUGCGUCGAUGACCUUGAAAACUCUGCUGAAGUCGAGUGCCGGCACUUGCUUCGGCUUGAAAGUGGGGCUGAAAUUGUGAGGGCCAGGACUGAGUGGAGGCCGAAACCUGCCAAUAACCCAGAAACGGCGGGUGAAGUUUCGGCAGAAAGCGCUUGAUGUCUGGUUCGAGGUCUCCUGAGCUUGCCAGUAGUUCGCUGCCUAUAUUUCCCGUGUAGAAAUUCUUGCUCUUGCUCGUGCUCGUGCUCAUGCUUGUGUCUCCAGAUCUAUUUCUUUCUUCUUUAUAUAUAUAUAUAUGUCCUGAUUUGUCUUCUGGAGGGAAGGAAGAUAAGAUUGAACAAUAUUGUAAUCCCCCCCUGUAAUUAGCUUUGCUCGGCCUCCAUAUGUUUGUUCUGCUCUCUCAACCUUCAUGCAA